AGCUCUUUAACCUUUUCCCAAAUCUCUAUAAAAUCGAGGUGUCCCCAGUAGAUUCCGUGCGCCUCCAUAGACACAAACUCUAUCACCCGCCAUGGAAGGACCGCAAACAUGCUCUCCCCAUGUUCUUCUCUUCUCAGCUCCCGCCCAAAGCCACAUCAACGUCCUCCUCAAGCUCGCCGAGCUCCUUUCCCUUUCCUCCGUUCGUGUCACAUUCCUCACCACCGAACACUCCCACCGCCAGCUCACCCACCACUCCGAUGUCCUCCGCCGCUUCUCUCGCUUUCCGGCCUUCCAAUUCCGAACCAUCUCCGACGGCCUUCCUCUCUCCCACCCUCGCACCUUCUCCCACCACUUGCUUGAAAUGCUCAACUCAUUUGUAUCCGUUACCAAACCCCUCUUUAGAGGCAUGCUUGUUUCAGGCCAUUUCGGCUCCGAUCUCACUUGCCUGAUUCUCGACGGCUUCUUCAGCUUCCUCUUCGACCUCGACGACGAUUUUGUUAAAGUACCCAUUUUUUGUUUCCGCGCUUUUGGUGCUUGUUCUUCCUGGACUAUCCUUUCUGUUCCUAAUCUCAUCAAACAGGGGCAACUCCCUAUUAAAGGGGAAGAAGAUAUGGAUAGGAUUCUAAAUAACGUUCCGGGUAUGGAGAAUCUUCUCAGAUGCAGAGAUCUACCUAGUUUCUGUAGAGUCGCUGACCCAAACAAUGACCCAAUUCUUCAAUUCAUUGUGAAUGCGUUUAUUCGUAGCACUAAAUUCGAUGCCCUCAUAAUGAACUCAUUCGAAGAUUUGGAAGGACCCAUUCUCUCAAACAUUCGAACUUUAUGCCCCAAACUCUACUCCAUUGGACCCCUCCAUGCCCUUCUCAAAACCAAACUUUCCCACGAAACAGAGUCUCUGAACAAUCUCUGGGAGGUCGAUGGGAGCUGUCUGUCGUGGCUGGACAAUCAAUCGCCGGGAUCCGUCAUUUACGUCAGUUUUGGAAGCAUUACAGUGAUGAGUAAUCGCGAGCUCAUGGAGUUUUGGCAUGGUUUGGUGAAUAGUGGGAGGAAAUUUUUGUGGGUCAUACGGCCGGACCUUGUGAUGGGUAAAAAUGGGGAGAUUGAAAUUCCGCCGGAGUUGGAGGAAGGGACGAAACAGAGAGGGUACAUGGUGGGAUGGGCACCGCAAGAGAAAGUGCUUUCCCACGAAGCAGUUGGUGGGUUCUUGACUCACAGUGGUUGGAAUUCGACAUUGGAGAGUAUAGUUGAAGGGAAGCCGAUGAUUUGUUGGUCGUAUAAAUAUGAUCAACAGGUGAACAGUAGAUUUGUGAGCAAUGUGUGGAAUUUGGGUUUGGAUAUGAAGGAUUUGUGCGACAGAGAAACGAUAACGAAGAUGGUGAAUGAUGUUAUGGUGAAUAGGAAAGAGGAAUUCAUGAGAUCGGCGACUGAAAUGGCUAAUUUGGCAAGACAAAGUGUGAACCCUGGUGGAUCAUCUUUAGUCAAUUUUGACUGUUUGAUUGAAGAUAUUAGAAUUUUGAGUCAACAAAAGAUGCCCAACAACAACAACUAGAACUCGGUGUUUCCGUCUUGCUAUUUGACAAAUUUCGCCCAAAUGUGGGACACUUUUUAGUUUUUAAAAAGCUAUUUCAUACUUUGGAAGUGUGAUUGUUCUCAUAAUGUAAUUGAUUUCAACCAUUCAAAUAAUUCAUCUUAUA